AUGGCGGCAGGAAUAAAGUACAUCUUCCAGAAGGAGCUGUUUGAUGCGCUUGAUGAGCGAAUUUUGUCCGUAUGCAAUGUUAGCAAAUUGCACAAGAGAAAAAAGACGUCGUACUUGUGUAUUAUUUCUACGAUCAAACCGAGUGUGGUGGUCAGCGUUUGCCAGAUAAAGCAGUAUGAUAAAGGGGUGUACAAGAAAAAACGAUCUUGGUCACUGGAGGAGAUCAAGUGCAUCGACGGGCGUAACGAAGCGGCAGACACCCAUGAUUUCGACAUGAUUGUAGAUAAACCAUUCCGAUGGUUUGCCGCUAAUCUACACGAGCGUCAAAAUUUCAUUUCCGUUUUGUGGAAACAAAUCCACAAGCAUUGCACCGUAGGAGAGCGCGCCGUGUUUAAAAAUGUCCCCAAGCAGUGGCUUUCGGAUAAGUCGCCUGAAAAACAAGUGGAUGAUAAGUACUCCAAUCGUGGCAAUGCUGACCAAGGCGAUGAUGAAGAAGAAUUGGAAGGGUUUGAAAACGAGGACUUCCAUGCCCUCACGGAUAAGGAAGAGGCGCAUCUGAGUAAACUCAUUACGGAGUGCGACUAUGCGAUGAGCAAUGCAGAGCUGUUCAUGGAAGACUUGAGCCACAAUCUAUUACAGCUGGACGGUGCGAACAUUCAAAGCGUUCUGGCGUCAGAAAAACAAGUCCAAAUGCUGAUGGAACGAAUCGAGGAAGCCAUCAAAGAAGCUGAAAAGGUGGAAAAACGGCUCGACGAUUACGAUGAGAUCCUCUGCCACGUACGGGACACGAUGGAAAAGAUGGGCGAGAAGAAUCAAAUGAUUGAGAUUGCAAAUACCAACAAUGUGCGACUGUUGCAAGAAUUAGAGAAGGUAGUCACGCAGCUAGAUUUGCCGCACGUUCAUCAGCUUGCUCUCACCGAUACGGAUCUGACACCGAAAGGUUUGCCAGCAGCUAUUGCAGCAGGCAAGGCACUGCAACUGGCGAUGAACAGCGACAUCGAUCCUGCCCUUCUGCGGCUAACCGCGGUUCAGGAUCAGCGCAAGCGGUUUGAGAAGUGGAAAGCAAAGUUCUCACAAACCAUUAGCCGCCACUUGAACAAUCUGUUCAUCCAUCUCGGCAAUCUGGGCGAUUCACAAACUUCGUUGUCCAGCGAGCUAUCUCUACCGAAGCACACGAACGUACACAAGGAGCUGUCUGCCUUCAUGGAGCUUAUGCACUGGAUGAAAGCUAUGGAUCGAAAGGCAUACGAUGCGCUUAUCAAGGUUUACACUGCUUCCUUAAGCAAGGUUUACGACCGGGACAUUCAUCUGUUUUUUGAGAAUGCUAAACAAGCGCUCACACUUAAGCAAUUCCAUUCUAGGGAGGAUAUCAACAACAGCUCGAUGAGCAACAAACUAAAGCUUGGCCAACAAUCCAACAAACAACCCGCGCAACCAUACGGUAUUUUAGGUGUCAACAAAGAAAUAUGGUCUCCUGGAGCUGAACCGUCCGAACGGCAAAGGUUUGAUUCGAUUUUGGAAAAAGUGCUAGCCGAACUGGAACCGGUGGCAUUGAACGAACAACACUUCUGCAUUGCUUUCUUCCAACUGGACGUGAUCAGUCCGACGGGAAAGAAUACGCAAACGACGCUCGACGCGGCUAGCAACGAAGCGACGAACCAAAAAGAUGAGCGUGACACAGCACUGAACAUUCCGCAACGAAGACUCGAUCGUCAAAUCAACGAGGAAGUGCGCCGUAUGAUGGGAGAACUGUUUGCAAACCUCGAGUCAGAGAUAAAUAACUUUAUACUAAGUUUUGAGAAGCUGGAUAACUACUAUUCCCUGUACGUUCUGGUGCGCCUUACCCAACAUGUAAUGUCCGCCCAAGACGCACAAUCGUUCCUGAGCAUGACAUUCGCUUCGGCGCUGAUACACGUGAAGCGCAACUUUGAUAAGUUCAUGCAGAUACAGCUGCAAUCGAUUGAGGAAGCUAAGCUUCCAAAGCGAUCAAAGUGUGGUCUGUUGCCGUUUGUAGAAAAUUUUGAAGAAUUUGCGGCAACGUGUGAAAAUGUGUUCAAGAAAGCCGAGCGUCGCAACGAUCUGGACAAAUGGUACCUUAAGUUGGUCGAAGUGAUCUUUGAGCGCAUUCCUGUGCAUGCAGCGGAACACUCAAAAACACCACAUCAAGUGGUGAAAAUGGAAAACUAUCAUCGAAUGCACUCUUCACUAUCGCAGCUGAAAAUUCCGGUGCUGGAACCGUUGCGCAAAGAAGCCAAGACACGGUACAAUGAUGCCCAGAAAGCAUACGUUACGAAAUAUUUUGGUCGACCACUAGAAAGAUUGAACCAAUUUUUCGAAGGAAUACAAGUGCGGGUGCAACAGGGAGUGAAGGAUACGGAAAUUAGCUACCAAAUGGCAUACUCAAAGCAAGAGCUGCGCAAAGUUAUUAGCCUUUAUCCAGCUCGCGAAGUGAAAAAAGGACUCGAGCAACUGUACAAGAAGGUGGAAAAGCAUCUUUGUGAGGAGGAAAACCUGCUGCAGGUGGUCUGGCGUGCAAUGCAGCAAGAGUUCAUCAACCAGUACAACUCAUUGGAGCAAUGGAUUCAGCGCUGUUACGCCGGCUCAAUGAUAACGCUGGAAUUCACGAUCAACGAUCUUUUGGAUUUCUUUUCUGAGAUCGCUCAAUCCCAUUAA